UUUACAGAGGAGAGGACCCUACAAUCUAAGCACAAUCCUGGGUCAGAGCACACAAAAACACCUGGGAUCGGCUCCAUUCUUCUCCCUUUGUCCCACUCUGACUUUUAAGCAUGGCCUGGACAAAGUACCAACUGUUUUUAGCCGGGCUUAUGCUAACAACCGGCUCCAUUAACACUUUAUCGGCGAAGUGGGCAGACAUGUUCAAAGCAAAAGGUUGUGGAGACAAUGCUGAAGAACACAAUUUUUCACAUCCAUUUUUACAGGCAGUGGGCAUGUUUCUGGGAGAGUAUUGCUGUCUGGCAGCGUUCUACCUGCUCCUGUGUUACGACCGACGCAGACCUGUCCGUCAAAUGAACCCAGGCCCGAGCUUCAACCCUUUGCUUUUCUUCCCUCCAGCCAUGUGUGAUAUGACUGCUACGUCCAUCAUGUAUGUGGCUCUGAACAUGACAAGUGCAUCCAGUUUCCAAAUGCUCCGGGGAGCUGUGAUCAUCUUCACCGGGCUGCUGUCAGUGGCGUUUUUGGGCAGGAAGUUGGCUUUGAGUCAGUGGUUGGGGAUCCUAAUAACCAUAUUAGGCCUAAUCGUCGUGGGGCUUGCUGAUUUUGUCACUGGCAACAGGGAUGACUCACACAAACUCAGCGACAUCAUCACGGGUGACCUCCUGAUUAUCAUGGCUCAAAUUAUAGCUGCUGUUCAAAUGGUUUUGGAAGAAAAAUUUGUCUACAAACAUGAUGUACACCCACUGAAAGCUGUGGGCACUGAAGGGAUGUUUGGCUUCUUUGUGCUGACUAUUCUGCUCAUUCCCAUGUAUUUCAUUCCUGUUGGGAGCUUUUCAGACAACCCACGUCAAGUUUUGGAAGACGCUAUUGACGCCUUCUGCCAAAUUGGACACAAGCCCCUCAUCAUCUUAGCUCUGCUCGGAAACACAGUUAGCAUAGCUUUCUUCAACUUUGCGGGCAUUAGUGUCACCAAAGAAAUAAGUGCCACUACAAGAAUGGUCUUAGACAGCCUCCGUACUUUGGUCAUUUGGGUGGUUAGCUUAGCACUGGGGUGGGAGCAUUUCCAUGGACUACAGGUGCUAGGUUUUCUAGUGCUUCUUCUGGGCACUGCUUUGUACAAUGGACUCCACCGACCCAUAAUGGCCAGAAUACCGUGUUGUGCCUCACUGGCUGGAGAAGAGGAGCAAAGUAAUGAAGAAGAAAGGGAAAGGCUGCUAAAUGGAGAUAUAAGGGAUCAGAGCUAAGCUUUUAUCAGUGAACUCUUAUAGUAUUUUUUACAACUGCCUCCACAGAGGUGACGCAAUGCCAAUGUUAUCUUAUAUUAGUCAUUAAUAAUUUAGAUUUUUAAACGUUUUAAUUUGGGGGUUUUAAGAUUGCAUGCUGCAUUAUCUUUUGUUAUUUUUGUAAACUAUUCAAAACACUUAUAAGGGCAUUAAGGCAAAGUUCACACAUGUAAAUAAUUCAUUGUAAAACAGUAAGACAACUCAUCAAAGCACCAAUUUACAAUCAAGUCCAAAAAUGCACCCACUACUAAAACAAUCAAAGAAUUUUUGUUGAAUAAAAAAAAAAAAGUAAUUUAAAAAAAAAUUUACAGACUUAUUAUAAUAUUUUUUUACGGUUUUACUAACUGCGAGCCUGUAGCAUGUGGAACUUUUAACUACAAUGUCCAAAGCCAAAUAACUGACAAGAGCCUAACAUCGAGUUAAAUGAAUCUUGUUUCAGGGCAUUCAAUUUGAGCCAGACCAUAUGUAAUGUGUGGUUUUAGACAGUACCAGUGCUCCUAACUUACUUAAUUGCAUAAUUUCUCAAUUGCCCAUGUACAACAACUGUGUACUCAAGCCAUACUAGGUAUGGUGGAAAAAUCAUAAUUACAUAGACCCUGUUACUGCAUACAAAGUAAUAUAUAAAAUGGUCAUGUAUAUUGUUUCACUUUUAAUUGUUUUUGCCAGUUUAAAUUUUGUACAAUUGAUGUGCACUAUCUGCCAAUUCACUGCCACAGACUGGUUUCUGUGUUCUGUAAAUUGUUAAAAUUGUAUCUCUGUACAUGCUGUUGUAUGAGACUUUGUAUGUACAUAAGUUAAUGGUACUUCUCAAAAAGGGAACUGGGAUUAAAUACUUCCACACAUGA